AGAAUUUCUACUAUGGAAGAUAUAAAUAUAGAUGAAAAUAGUUCUUCUCAAGCUUUUUUUCCAAAAAAAAAUCAAGAAAUAUCUAUUGAUGUGUUAAAAGAAGCAUUUCCAGAUAUCGACGAAAAAGUAUUGAAUGCAGUUCUUAUAGCUAGUAAUUAUUCAAUUGAAUCAUCACUUAAUGCACUUUUAAGUAUCAGUGAUUCAAAUUAUAAGCCAGAAAUACCAAUACAAACACAUUCUGGAAAUGAUAUAGUUUCUGAUAUUAUGAAAUUUCAUCAAAUUGAAAACGAUUAUAGAUAUGCUUGCCAUUUGGCUCAGAUAACACAAAACCCAUUAAAUGGUAGAAGAAAUAGAUAUAUUCCACAUUAUGACAAUAAGAAAGAAUAUUCUUUUAUUAGUGAAGAAUUAUCAGCUAUUUAUGGAAACAUAAAACAAGGAUUUGGCGAAGCAAAAACAAAAGUUUCUAGCUUUUUUUCUAAUAUUAAAAAACGAAUUGAUAAUGAUGUGUCAUUUAAUGAAAAAAAGAAUAAUUUUUCUGACCCUUCUUCAAAAAAAUCUACUGAGAUGCCAAAGACAUCUUUUGAUGAUUCUGAUAUAACGUUAUUUGCACUUGAAGAAGAUUUUGUUCAUUUGGAUUUAGAAGACAAUAAAAAGGCCUCUCAAAGGCUACUAUCAAACUCGUGUUCUAAAAAUGAUUCAGACCAGAAUUUAAAAAAAAAUAACGAUCAUACAAUUUAA